AUGUCUUCCGCUGCCUGUAUUUUCUGCAAGAUCAUCAAGGGUGACAUCCCUUCAUUCAAGCUCUUUGAGAGCGACAAGGUCUUUGCUUUCCUCGAUAUCCAGCCGCUCAGCCGUGGCCAUGCGCUCGUGAUCCCUAAGUUCCACGGCGAAAAGCUGACCGACAUCCCUGAUGAGGACCUGCUUGAGAUCCUGCCUGUCGCGAAGAAAAUUGCCAAGGCCAGCGGUGCUGUGGAUUUCAACAUUCUGCAAAACAACGGCCGCAUUGCGCACCAGGUCGUUGACCAUGUCCACUUCCACAUGAUCCCCAAGCCCAACGAGAAGGAGGGUAUGACCAUUGGAUGGCCUCAACAGGCUACGGAUAUGGAUAAGCUCAAGGCUCUCCACGAGGAAAUCAAGUCGAAGAUGUAA